GCGUAGAGCUACGACUGCUGCUCGGAGCUGCCUCAUCAGCAGGCAAGACGAUCUAGACAUCAAUCCCUCAAGUCGCAAAGCAACCCCCAAAUCCCAAUCAAUGAGUGCGUGAUCCCGACACACGCCGAACGCUACAGCUCCCGGGGUUAGAGCAUCAGUUGCUCCUUGCCGUCCUCCCUCCUCGCCGUCGCCAUCUCCGCUCGUCGAUUACCCUCCUUCAUCCUCCACUCUCAACCUCCCUGACGGGACCGAUCCAUCAGCCUCCCCCCCUCCGAAUCCAACGCCAUGUCGACCAGGUACGCCCUACUGUCGCUGCCUCUCGGCACCUUCGACUCUAGCGACCGAAGCGGUGCCAUCUCCACCCUCAGCGCCACAGUGUCCCCCGACAACGGCACCGUUGUGCCUUUCAACGUCCCAGACUUCAAGAUUGGAACCCUCGAUGGUUUGGUUCAGCAAGCCGAUGACUUGACCAAGCUCGAGGCCUCGUGCCAGGCUGUCGUUGCCAAGGUCGCCGAUUCAUUGAGGACAGUCCUUGACGGCGAUGAUGAUCGCAUCGCCCAGUACAAGAUGGUCAACGACAAGCCCACCGACCAAUACCUAAACAGCUUCAGCUGGAACAAGAUCCGAUACCGAGCUGACAAACCCCUCGGCGAGCUCAUCAGCACCCUACAAAAGGAGCUCGUCACGGUCGAUAGCGAUGUCAAAACCAAGUUCACCCAGUAUAACUCGGUCAAGACGAACCUCGCCACUCUCCAGCGUCGCCAGACUGGCAACCUGGCGACCAAGUCCCUCACCCCCAUUGUCGACCCUUCUCUCCUCAUUCAGGAUUCGGAGUACAUCGAAACACAUCUUAUUGUCGUGCCUGGGAACUCGAAGAAGGAAUUCAUCAAGAGCUACGAGACUCUCUCUCCCAUGGUGGUCCCCCGAUCUUCUAUCCAGCUCGCCCAGGAUGACGAGUUCGUCCUAUUCGCCGUUGCCACGUUCAAGAAGCACAGUGCCGAGUUCCUCCAGAAGUGCAGAGAACAGAAGUGGACGCCACGCCAGUUCAAGCACGUUCAGGGUGGCCGAGAAGAGGAGCAGCGUGAGCUGGACCGAGUUACCAACGAGGAGCGCAAGGUGUGCGGAGAGGCUCUGCGCACGGGACGCACGGGAUGGAGCGAGAGCGUCAUGGUCUGGAUGCACGUCCUGACGUUGAGGGUUUUCGUCGAGGCGGUUCUACGAUACGGCCUGCCCCUUGAUUACGUGUCUGCGCUUGUCAAGACGACAUCCAAGCUGUCACCCAAGGUCAAGACAGCGCUCGAUUCGAAUUACUCGUACCUGGGCGGCAACGCAUUCGGAAGGGAUAAGCGCGGCAAGAUCACCAAGGAUGAUGCCGAAUUGAGCUCCGAGAUGGCAGCAGCUGGACUGGGAACUGGGGAGGGUCACGAAUACACGGCUUACGUUUACUAUGAGGUUGAGUUUCCUUGAUUAUGAGGGGGAACUUGGAAGCUUAGGGAGGGAACGAGAGAUGC